ACCUCUGUCCUGGCAGAGCUCCACUUAUACUUUGAACACACACAUCCUUCAGCAGGUUUUCUGUUCCUGUCUGGUCUGAGGGACGGGAGGCCGGAGUCGGGAACUCCCAGAGACCCACCAGAUCCGCUCCACAGCAGACCAGGCUCCGCUCCGGACUCGCGUGGCGAUCCCCGAGGCCCCCAGCUCCCCAUGGCGCCCACGCUGAGCCUGGAGCCCGCGGGCCGCAGCUGCUGGGACGAGCCGCUGAGCAUCGCCGUGCGCGGCCUGGCCCCGGAGCAGCCCGUCACGCUGCGCGCGGCCCUGCGGGACGAGAAGGGCGUGCUCUUCCGAGCCCACGCGCGCUACCGCGCCGACGCCCACGGUGAGCUGGACCUGGCGCGCGCGCCCGCGCUGGGCGGCAGCUUCACGGGGCUCGAGCCCAUGGGGCUGCUCUGGGCCAUGGAGCCCGAACGUCCUUUCCAGCGCCUGGUCAAACGCGACGUGCAGACGCCAUUCGUGGUGGAGCUGGAGGUGCUGGACGGACACGAGCCCUACGGCGGGCAGCGGCUUGCACACGCAGUGCACGAGCGUCACUUCAUGGCUCCCGGGGUGCGGCGCGUGCCCGUGCGCGAGGGCCGGGUGCGCGCCACGCUCUUCCUGCCUCCAGGCAAGGGCCAGUUCCCUGGGAUCAUCGAUUUGUAUGGAAGCGUCGGUGGCUUAUGUGAAUACAGAGCCAGCCUCCUGGCUGGGCAUGGUUUUGCUGUGCUUGCUCUGGCUUAUUUCCGAUUUGAAGACCUCCCUGAAUAUUUGAGUGACAUAUGCCUGGAGUACUUUGAAGAAGCCUUGGCCUUCAUGUUACACCAUCCGCAGGUGAAAGGCCCAAAUAUUGGGCUUCUUGGUAUCUCCAAAGGUGGUGAUCUGUGCCUCUCGAUGGCUUCUUUCCUGAAGGACAACAUCACAGCCACUGUCCUUAUAAAUUCCUGUGUGGCCAACACACUAGUGCCUCUAUCUUACAAGGAUCUGUGUGUUCCUAGUCUUGGGUGUGAUGCAACAAAAUAUAAGGUGAAUGAGUUAGGCCUUCUGGAUUUGAAGGAUAUGUUCAACAAUCCUCUGGAGGAACCUAACCGCCAAAGUCUUAUUCCAUUGGAAAAGGCCCAGGGACCCUUCCUGUUUAUUGUGGGCAUGGAUGAUCACAACUGGAAAAGUGAUGUCUACGCUCAUAUAGCCUGUGAACAUCUACAAGCCCAUGGCAAAGACAGACCCCAGAUAAUCUACUAUCCACAAACCGGUCACUGUAUUGACCCACCCUAUUUUCCUCCUCCCAUAGCCUUUGUACAUGCAGUGGUGGGUGAAGUAAUAUUCUAUGGAGGGGAGCCAAGAGCUCACUCAAGGGCACAGCUGGAUGCCUGGCAACGCAUUCAAACUUUCUUCCGAAAAUAUCUCAAUGGUGAACACCCUGCCAGGCACAGCAAAAUGUAACGUUGUAAUUACAUUGAAAGUUGUAAUUAUGCCAUGCAGAUUCUUGUGGGUUUCAGAGUACUAAGGAAGUCUGGGGGGUUUUUGGGCAGGGAGGGGGAGGCGGGGACCCAGAUUGGGUCUCACAUUCACUCUGUAGACAAGGAAGACCUUCUAGUCCUCCUGCUUCCACCACUUGAGUGCUGCUGAUGUUAUAGUCCUACACUAUCGUGCCUAGUGCUUGCUCUGCCUUGCCAAGGACAAAACCCAGGAUUGGCACAGGAUGAGUAUAAAGCGACUAAGGCUGAUCCCAUGACAGGCCACAAAUGGACAAUAUGGGAGACUAGGCCUAGGUUUCUGUUUCCCAGAAAUGAGAACCCAGAACGUGUGAUCAGCCAACCACAGCCUCAGGAAUCCAAUCCAAGAACACCUUGUCAUCUGGCCUGAAGUUCAAAUAGAUAGCUGAAAUAAAUGAACAACAACCCUAUACUGAAGUCUCCAGAGCCUAAUGAAUUGUAAAAUUAGUCAGACCCCUAUUGAUACAGCUAACCAAUCAAGGUAAAAGGGUGCAUCCACCCCCCUAGAAUUCCCCUGACAAAAGCUGGGCCUUCAAGCCCACUAGAGGUCUCCAUUCACAAAUGGGGAGACCCCCCCCCUCCAUACAAGUUAUUCUGCUAAUGUGCUCUUUGCUCUUACAUACUAUUUAAAUCUGAGCUAUCAUUCCCUGGCGAUUCUUAGACCCUAACAUGCAUGCAUUCAGUCAACAAGGCUAUACCCCAGGUCCCUAGGGAGCUUUUCAUCAGAAGCUCAGCCUCCGUGUAAGGCUCUUACUGGACUCUGAGCCUUUGCUACAACUCUCCCUUCAGUGUCGGGUCCCCGCUCUCCUCUGAAUUUCAGCUAAUGGGUCUGUUUAACUCUGUAAGACCAACCUUAACCUUGAGUAUGUUGGACAUACUUGUACAACUCCCGGUUACUGGACUGUCUUUCCUUCUGAUCUGAGGGAACCCACCUGCCAAAGUCAUACAACAGAAUUGCCUAUU